AUGAACGGGGCUGGAGGACUCAGCAUUCAAGAAAUCAAUCGAAUCAUGGAUCUGGAGCAGUUCGAGUUCGCUGAAGAGUGGGAGUGGCAGGACUUGAAUUAUAUCAACGCCAUUCCUCCUCUGAUACCUUACCCUUCUUACUGCGUCAGCCGUCGAUGUGGAUGGUGUCGUUUUAUGAUUCAGCCAGGAGAGGUUAUUACUGCCAGAUCAUUUGGAGGUAACGAGUCAUCGGCUUUUGCACUCGGCGACGCCUUCAAUGACAGUAAAUUACUCGCAACCUUUGGGCGAUGCAAGAGUAAUCAUAGAUCAUGUGCUUCAAUCGGGUACCAUGUUGAGUGCUCUACAGUUGCGUCGAGCUUUGGUCUCAAGAAGAACGACUUUUUAGAAGUUGUUCGGUAUCUUUAUGAUCCGUCGAUCAAGGAAGAUAAACGACGAAGGGAGUGGAUCACAAACCACUUACAACAGGUCUUAAGCAGGGAAUUUGCCAUUCUCCCGAAUGAGAUCUUAUUCAUGGUGAACAAGUAUCUUGUUCGUCCCUAUGCGAUUGCUUCGCUGCCUCGUGCUUCUCUGCCCGGUGCAUGCACGAUCGAGCCAUUGAAGAGCGUAUGGGCGGAUUGCUUUUGUAUCGAUGGCGUUGAAUAUAUCGCGCAUUUGUCGAACACACCAAAGCCAGGCAGCCGACUGCUAUGGGACGCUCCAAGCAAGCGAGAGAAGAAUUUUCUGUAUAUUUCUGAGGAUCAUGUGGGUGUCCGGCAAGUCAUCAAUGACUCUACAGAUCUGUUUCAUGAGGAGCAGAAUAACUCGGGAUGGUGGCGUACGCUUCCAAUAACCAGCACCGAGGUUACUUUCUAUGGCGAUGGCCUCAAGUUACGGGGGUUUGCAGCAUCUCCAUUGACAAACAUUUCCUGGCCAUGUCCCAUGCUACCAGCAGUCUUGAAAAAUACAGCUUACUUCGCUAUCAAAAAGCCGUCGUCGGACUUUGGAAAGGUUGAUGAAGCUCGAAUGGAAGCCUUAUACUUUAACGAGCCUUAUACGACGGGAUAUUCCACGUGCUGGUUUGAGGGAAGGCUCGUUGACCUUCACGUGCAUAAGUCUUGGGAGACUUUGGACUUUUACCGCGAGCUGGAGGAGGAGAAAGAAACGAGAUGGCCUGCAGUUGAGUCGAAGUCGGCGCCUUAUUGGGUUUACCGCCCUUUGAACCCCGGAGAAUAUGUUGAGCAGAUUUGGUUGAGUGCACGAUAUGAGGCAGAUGAUAAGAGUGCCUGGUCUGAAGAAUCAAGACAGCCUCUUGAGCUGAAGCCUUGCACGGGAACUGCAAUAGCUAUGAUAACCAACCACUCUCGAAUACUGAAGAUGGGGAGAAGUAGCACAUCACACCAAGAUUGGAAGUGCAUCACCAAGACGCUUACAUGUUCUACAAUGUGCGUGUUCUUGAACCCUGGAUUAGAGGGUGUAUCUUUUAUCGCAGCUUCAACUGUGGAUGGGAGUGAGAGCGAUUCUCUGCCAGAAAACCUAUCAGCCUGUGUAGGAAAAGAUGCAGAAGCAGGUAUAGCUGGUUGCUCAGAAGCUUCUCUUGAGAACGUUGAAGAAAUUGUUGUUUGCGAGGAGCAAUCGGGCCAAGAUACAAGCAAUAUUUCUGGGAUAUUGUUCCGAUAUACCGACGGCAAACAGGCCUGCGUUGGGAAAUUCCGCCUUGAUCAUAUGCAACCGCCUCUAUCAGUUGCUAGCUCAAAGUGCUUAUACAUCGGUACCAAGACUUUUGAUGACGAAAAGUCGGUGGUAAAAAGAGUUGUUGUAUCAGAACAUGAGCGUGAAGUGGGUUUUGAGUGGACUAAGAUUCCAUGGAAGGGAAAUCUUGUAUGGAAGUUCACGCAGGAGUAUAGUGAUGUCGGCUUAGUUUUGAACAAUUGA